AUGAUCAACGAGACAUCGUCUAAAAGGCAACAUCUGGUACAUCAUGGAAUGCCGCCGGAUGAAAAAAUUCAGAAUACAUCUUACUGUGAGGACUCUUAUGAUCCGUAUGAAAUGGAAGCCAGAAUGAGAGCCCAAAUAGAGAGAAACAACGAAUGGAUUGAGAAAAUGUCACCAGUUGUAAAAUACAAGAUUCAGGAGUAUAUUCGAAAGCAAAGAGCAAAGAAGAUGCAAAGAAGAAAGUUUUCAUUGGCGUGUGGACUGAAUCACCGCAUGAGGAAUGAUCCACAUCAAAUGUCUUCUUCUUCCACUUCUUCUUCAUCUUCUAGAAGGCGUUCCAAAAAACAUGUAGAAUCUCCAUACUCGAACAACAGACAAAUGGCAUCCUCAUCAUCAGCUCCAAUGCUGGAAAGGAAUCUGAGUCAGCCAGAUAUGCCAGAUUCCCGUAAAAGUGCAUCUGUUUCAAACAGAAGAAAGUCAGCGCCAGCUCAAAAAAUGGAUAUGAGAGAUUUGGACGAUUUGGAAUGA